CCGUUUGUUUGUCCCUUUCCUAUUUCAUCAUCUUGGUCAUCACUCUCAAUUUCAUUCAAACCCUACACGAAUGCAUCUCUAUCUUCUUUUAUUCAUGAAUCCUUCUGUCUUCUCCCUCCAAACCACCACAUCUUAUCGAUUUUCCCGGCAAGAUACUGUCGAAAUCCAUCGAUUCUGUGCAUAGAUAGUGCUGAUUUUGAACUAUGUUCAACGCCCCAUUUGUACUCUUGUUCGCUCUCUUACUUACCCUACCUCUUUUGUUCAUCUUCGCACCUCGAAUCCUUCCUCCUAGACGCGUUGUAAUCUCUCUGCCCGACGAACUCGAUGACCUCGCGCUUUUCCGGCGAGCUGUUCUUUCGACGGUUCGCCCACCGGGAUCCGUAUCCCGUCUUGGGUCCACUAACGCUAAACCUAAAAUCGCUUUCAUGUUUCUCACCAACACUGAUCUCCACUUUGCUCCUCUGUGGGAAAAGUUCUUCAACUCGCCUAAAUCGAAUCAACAAAAGUUGUAUAAUAUAUACAUCCAUGCCGAUCCAGAUUCCGACGUCAAGUCUCCUGGUGGCGUCUUCGAAAAUCGAUUCAUUCCCGCGAAAAAAACGCAGAGAUCUUCUCCGACUCUCAUCUCCGCCGCCCGCCGCCUUCUCGCUACCGCCAUCCUCGACGACUCGUUAAAUGCUUACUUUGUUCUCGUCUCCCAACAUUGUAUCCCUUUGCAUUCCUUUCGCUAUGUAUACAAAACCCUAUUCCGAACACCUACUGAGUCUACUCGGUUCCCAACUCGGUUUCCGACUAGGCUCAGUUUCAUCGAAGUGUUAUCGGAGGAACCCCAACUGUGGGACCGGUACACCGCCAGAGGCAAAAACACCAUGUUGCCUGAGGUUCCGUUUGAUAAGUUCCGGAUCGGGUCACAGUUUUAUAUUUUGACCCGGGCUCACUCUUUGAUGGUAAUAAAGGACCGGAAGCUAUGGAGGAAGUUCAGGCUGCCGUGCUUGAACGUUGAUUCGUGUUACCCGGAGGAGCAUUACUUCCCGACGCUUUUGUCAAUGGAGGAUCCAAAUGGAGUUAGCGAGUACACACUCACUCGGGUCAAUUGGACAGGCAGUGUGGAUGGUCAUCCACAUACAUACCACCCGGCUGAAUUGUCGCCUGAGUUAAUCCGGUCGCUCAGAGUUUCUAAUUCGACAUUUUCGUAUCUUUUUGCCCGGAAAUUUUCGCCGGAUUGCUUGCUGCCAUUGAUGAGUAUUGCUGAGAAGGUGAUUUUCAGGGGAUGAUGUCAUUCACUACAGACAAACAGGUUUGAUGAUUUUGAUCAUAAACAAAUAGAUAAUGGGAUUUGGUAGAGAAUAAGGGCCCAAGAGCUGGUUUCUGGGCAAAAGCCCAGCCCAGUGUGUGUAGAUGGAUUGUUGGGCUUAAAGUGGAGUUUAUUGGGGAGAAGAAAAACUGAAAAGCAUACAACAUACCAAAAGGGUGUGAAUGCGAUGCAUUUCUUCUAUUCCAUAUCUUCCGUUUGCUCUUUUUGUAAAUAUUCUUGUAAACUUUUGUGGUUUUCAUUCUAUUUUAUAUUAUAUUAAAAGAACACAUGGUGCCCUUGGUACCAUGUGAAUUCGAGUCA